AUGUCCUCUGCACUUUACAGCGGUGGGGCCCCAUCCUCGGAUAUGAGUGCGACGGUUCAGGUCGUUCCGCAAGGGUUCGAAGUCAGCGGAACAGAGGACCUGCAUUACGCGUUCAAGUUCGCUUCUGGAGUGUUCGACCUCUCCCAGAGCGUGCUGCAUGAUUGCUACGAGAAGUGGGGCCGCGUUCUGGCUGUGAUGGACGCUAAUGUAGAGGGUCUCUAUGGUGCUCAAGUUAGAGCUUACUUCGAGCAUCACAAGAUUUCCUGUAUGAUCCACGUCAUGCCGGGUGGAGAGAUGCACAAGACAAUGACCACGAUGCUCUCUCUGGUAGACGCGUUCGACAAAUUCGGGUUAAUUCGAAAGGAGCCUGUUCUUGUGAUCGGAGGCGGUCUCGUUACGGAUGUGACCGGGUACGCUUGUGCGAGCUACCGCCGCUCCUCCAACUUCAUUCGCGUUCCCACAACCCUCAUCGGUCUGAUCGACGCAGCUGUCUCCAUCAAAGUGGGAAUCAAUCACGGCAAGCUCAAGAACCGACUCGGGGCCUACCACGCUCCCAUGUUGACCGUACUGGACUUUAACUUCCUCCGCACGCUUGCAGAGAACCAGAUCAGGAAUGGGUUUGCAGAGCUCAUCAAGAUCUCCUCUGUUAUGGACACGCAGCUGUGGGCGGAUAUGGUCAAGUAUGGACCACAACUCGUCGCAACUGCUUUUGGCCGUCGCUCGGCUCCGAUGGGUCAGACGAUCGACGGUGGUUGGGAAGGAACCAAGAAUGGCUGUUCUCAUGUGAUUAGUCCUAGCGAGGUAUCACUUGGAGAACUCGCCGAGAUCGCCGAUUCGAUCUGCUAUCGCGGUAUCAAGAUUAUGCUCGAACUCGAGACUCCAAACCUACACGAGAUCAUGCUCGACCGAGUUAUCGCUUUCGGCCACACAUGGAGCCCGACCUUGGAGCUUACCCCCGUUGUCCCCUUAAGGCAUGGUCACGCGAUCAUGAUCGAUAUGGCUUUCUCAGCCACUCUUGCGUGGAAGCGAGGCUACAUCACUGCCGAGGAGAGGGAGGAGUUGCAUAAAUUAGCUCAUGAUGUCGGACUGUCGCUUGAUCAUGAAGUGUUCAACGAGAACCUGCUUGAAGCUGGCACUGCUGCUAUCUUAAAGACACGUGAUGGUAAACAACGUUUCGCCGUCCCAAGGCCCAUCGGGUCCUGCUUCUUCAUCAACGACGCGACCACUUCGGAGCUCGCGUCCGCCCUGGCGACUCACAAGGAGAUUGUAGGAGCAUCGUUCCCUGAUUUGGCAGCUACCUCCGGGGUUGGCAAAGACGCAUACGUCGACUCCCAGGAUCUUGGCAUGGAGCCCAGCUUGCUUCUCGCGCCGGCUUCGAUGAAGGUCUUGGAUACGUACAGGGGAGAGAACGGCACCCUGGUCGACGGCAACGUUGUUCUCCAGUGCGGUUGCUGA